AAGCCUUUCUUGUGUUCUAUUCUCCUCCUGACACGGUAUAGUGGCUGCAUGCAUGCAAACAGUAUCUUAUUACAACAGCCAAAUAGCAGAGCAGGGAGGCCACCUCUAUAAUCCUCCCAGCCGGGCGCACAGGUACAACCUGUGCACAUAAUGGAGAGAUAUAGAAAAAACACAGUACACUGUGCAUGCACCACGAGCUUCCGACGUGUCACUGAUAUAUGAUUCCUUCUUAGAAUGUUCUUUUAACGCUUUCCUUUCCAGAGUGCACAGCUAAGAGGGAACACUGAGAAGAAUAUACAAACCCCGAACAUGAAGUGGUCCCUGACUAAUCAGAGCAGAGGACACAGCGAGGAAGACAGGACAGCGGCCAAUCACGGUGCGGGAUACAGGAGGGGCACAACACCCUGUACAUCCAGCUGGAGGAGGAGAUGUCUGUGUUACUGUCUGCUCACGUGAUCUGCUGCAUCAGUCCCGGCAUGGCUGGCAUGUAGUGAUGCUGCUGCAGGGCCUGGACUGAGGAGAGAAAGGCUGCUGGGCAUCUCUGGCAUCACCCUGUCAGUGACUUACUGGCUGCACUGGGCUGAUAAGUAAUAGAAGUGUGACAGCCCGGGCAUAGGGAUACAGCGUACAGUAUAGAGUGUCAGCGCCGGCGGCCCACAACAAACAGGAGGACAAGGAGGGCAGCGCUUGCGGGUGAUAUCAUUUUCAGUAAGCAUGAGUAGCGAACUCAAUGUUCCAGUGGAUCCCUCCACCCCAGCCGUCUCUGAGCGUAGCAACAAAGGUAUGGACUACAGAGACUGGGUUAGGCGCAGCUACUUGGAACUGGUCACAUCCAACCAUCACUCAGUGCAGGCUUUAUCCUGGAGGAAGUUAUAUCUCAGCAGAGCCAAGUUGAAAGCCUCUAGCAGGACCUCAGCUUUGCUUUCCGGAUUUGCAAUGGUGGCAAUGGUUGAAGUCCAGCUUGAGAUGAAAUAUGAUUACCCCAAACCAUUACUUAUUGCAUUUAGUGCCUGCACCACAAUACUGGUGGCUGUCCACUUAUUUGCACUUCUGAUCAGUACCUGUAUACUUCCCAAUGUGGAGGCAGUGAGUAAUAUCCAUAACUUGAACUCUGUCAACGAAUCACCCCAUGACCGUAUGCAUCCUUACAUUGAACUGGCUUGGGGUUUCUCCACAGCUCUUGGGAUCCUUUUGUUCCUUGCUGAGGUGGUUCUUCUGUGCUGGAUAAAAUUCUUACCAAUAGACUCUCCACAAGUUCGCAAUGAAAGUUCCUCAGCACAGAGGCAAAGUUCUGAUGCAGGUUUUACUUCUGCCCUAGUGUCCACCAUCAUCAUGGUACCCGUGGGGAUUAUCUUUGUCAUAUUCACAAUUCACUUUUAUCGCACACUGGUGAGGCACAAAACAGAGCGCCAUCACAGGGAAAUUGAAGAACUCCACAAGUUAAAGAUCCAGCUUGAUGGACAUGACCGAGGUGUCAAUGUGGUGUGAAGUACAAUGGUCAAUAGACUCAGGUCCACGAGUCUGUAUUACUGAACCCUUUUCAGAGAUUGGGCUGUAUUUCAGUUCUCUGGUUUAAAAUGGUGAAGCUUAAAGAUUGAAUUGUUCCAAGCUGCAGAUUAUUUCUGCACAUUGAAGACUACAGGGUGUAAAAGGGACAAAGUCUAAAAGUGUCAUUGUUUACAAAUGGGCCUGAAGGCGCUUACUGAAAGAGGACCUGUGGUCACCCCAAACAUAUUGAGCUUUAAACACCAUGUGAUAGCUUAGGGUGCCCCAAAUGUAGUGUUUUGGGUUUUGGUGCCUGUCUGAUGAUAUUUAUUACAAUACUGUGAAUGCAGACGGGGCUGAGGGGUGGGAUUUACAUGCAAGAGCCAUGCUGUUACAGUAAGCAGGCAUUUAUGAGGUUUAAAGGGGUACUUUGCCCCUAGACAUCUUCUCCCUUAUCCAAAGGAUAGGGGAUAAGAUGUCUGAUCACGGGGGUCCCGCCACUGGGAACACCCAUGAUCUCUCCUGCAGCACCCCUGUCACCUGGUGCACGGAGCGAGCUUCUCUGCGUGCCUGAUGACUGGUGAUGCAGGGGCCGGAGGAUCGUGACGUCAUUACCCCACCUCCUGAUGUCACGCCCCAGCCCCUCAAUGCAAGUCUAUGGGAGGGGGUGUGAUGGGCACCGCACCCUUCCCAUAGACUUGAAUUAAGGGGGCGAGGCGUGAUGUCACUAUCCUCCGGCCCCUGCAUCGCCAGUCAUCAGGCACGGAGCUCGCUCACUUCGUUCACCAGAUGACAGGGGUGCUGCAGGAGAGAUCACAGGAGUUCCCAGGUGCUGGACCCCCACGAUCAGACAUCUUAUCCCCUAUCCUUUGGAUAGGGGAUAAGAUGUCUGGGGCAGAGUACCCCUUUAAGUCUGUGGGAUUUUUGAGAUCCUAUUAGGGUACUUCACUAGACACAUUAAAGCACAGUAUAUUAUACAGAAAUGCUGGCCACAUACCAAACAGGCCAUCUCCGCUUGCCUGACAGCUCUGCACAGAUGUUGAUAUACAAGGGUCUGGCUUCUUUAGCAUCUCCAGCAUCUGUGCAGAGCUGUCAGGCAGCAAUCUAUAGUGGGAAUUGUUGCUUCUCUGUAUAAUAUACUGUGCAUUCAUGUGUCUGGUGAAGAUCACUUGCAGGAUCUUGGAAAUCCAUCUGCCCUAAGCCUCAUACACGUCCCUCAGUGUAAAACAUGCCCCUGUAUGUAAAUAAUGCUUCCUCUACCUCCUCUACCUAAACAGUAUUGUAAAUAGGUAUCUGUCCCUCUGACAGGCACCAAAAACCAAUUUGCAAACCUGUCAGUAAGUGUUUAGUUUCCCUGUAGCACCACCACAGGGGAAAUGAAGCAUUACACAGCACCCAAUCAAAUGAAUGCUUCUGUAUAAUACAGGACUUACUUUCUAUGUUGAGUUCCGAUUGCCUUUUACAUGAAGUUUGAUGGAUGCUUUAUUUGUGAAGCAAAAAGAUGUUUAUUCUCUUUUGUUAGUAGGCAAAGAUCAUUAAGGUUGUAUAAAUAUUUUGGAAGCUACUGUGCAAUUCUAUGUACCAAACCAGUACACACACCUUACUUGUAUGGUAAGACCUGAUCCCAUGUGUACAAUGCAUUUGGAAAAUCUUCAGAACCUUUAACUUUUUUCAGAUUUUCUUAUGUUAGAGCCUUGUUCUUAAAAAAUUAAAUAAAUUCCCCCAUCCUAUACUCAAUACCCCAUAAUAAGAUUGUGAAAACAGAAUUUUAGUAAUUUUUUCAAGUGUAUUAAUUAGAAAAAACAAAAAUUUUGCAAUGGACAUAACUAUUUGGACCCUUUCUACACCUUGUUUGGAGUCACAUUUGAUAAUGCAUAUCAGAACAAAAAACAACCCGUGAGGAAUAAAUAACUGACUAUAGAGCUGAGUAUUGUGAGGAGGCAAAAUUCUGCUCAAUUGAAAGUUCUCAAGAACACAGUGGCCUCCAUUAUUCCUAAAUGGAGGAAGUUUGCAACACCCAGGACUCCUUCUAGAGCUGACGAGCCCACCAAACUAAAUAUCAAGGUAAAGGAGCCUUAGUAAGGUGAGCAAAAAUGCAAUGGUCACCCUGGCUGAGCAAAAAAAUCCCCAAAUCCAGGUGUAAAAACCUUGUGGCAUCAUCCCUAAGAAGACUGGAUUCUGUAAUCUCUGCCAAAGGUGCUUCAACUAAGUACUGAAUAAAGGGUCUGAAUACUUAUGUCACUGCAUUAUUUUAGUUUUCCUUAUCAAUAAAUUGGCAAAGAUUUUUAACAUACUGAUUUUUAUUUGUCAUUAUGCAGAAUGAUGAGGGGAAACUCGAAUUUUUUUACUUUAGCACAAGGCCACAACAUAACAAAAUGUGAUAUACUUUCCAAAGGCAUUGUACUGGUUAAUCUUCAAGGGUAUGGUCACACGUAACGGAUUCGCAGCAUAUUUUACGCUGCAGAUCCGCCGGUGACCUGACCCAUUUUGUGCCUCCAGCUGUUGCCACUCCCAUUCCCCUGCCUCACUCCACCCCAGGCCUGCUCGUAGCAGCGGAUUGCCACACAGAGGGCCUGUGAGUCGGCGAGUGGACUCUGACAUCACAGAGCAGCUGCAAUGUCUGAGUACACUGCACAUUACUUUGUAAUGACAUGUACACUGCACAUGGCCUCAACGAUUGCCACGAUGUCUGAGUACACAGCACCGCGAUGUCAGAGUGCACUUGCCGACUCGCAGGCCACCUGUGUGGCUGCCCGUAAUGGCAGAUUGCCGCUGCAGGCAGGCCAGGGGCAGAGCUAGGUGGGGGGAAUGGGGUGGCAACCACUGGAGGACCAAAAUGGGUUGGGUUUAUAUAUAUAUAAAUGUCAGAUACCUGAGUUUGCAGUUGGUCUAAUAAGCUUGGACAGGCUUAGACAUAUGAGGAAUACCAGAUAACUAUUCAGUCAUAUAUGAAAAAUUAUUUAGUUAUCUUAAAGGAGCUAUAUGGGACAGAUAUAAAACUAUAUUGAGUAAAAUACAGAAUACUUAUAGUGUAAUAUAUAAGUUUGAUUUUUGAAGUACAUUAUUAUAUUUGCAUUACGUUAUUUGUACUUUAUACAUAUGUUCAUUUACACAGUUAAUACUGUAGGUAAGACAUUUUACACAAGCAAAACUUAAACCAUGUGAAUCUUUGUGUCAACUAUGAGUAUGGUGCCUUUUAAAAUACUAGUGAAUGGAAAUAUUUAUUUCGUUUAUAGUAAAAUUUCUGUAAUCAAGCAUUUAUCUAUAUAAACUAAUAUCCAUUCAAAGUAUCUGAACUGCAGCGUCUGAGCACUUGAGGGAAAGGAGUUUAAGGUGGUUAACAUUAAAGGGAACCUGUCAUCUCUUAUGCUGCCUGAAGCACGAGUUAUCUGUAUGGUCCCUGGUGGCUUCACCCUGCCCCCACUGACCUUAAUUGAUAAAUUUCUUCCUGUUUGGGUAUAGGAAAAGAUCUAUCAAUCUAGGCUGGGAAAAGCUGCAGACUUAAGUCACUGAAUUCUGCCCAGAUCUAGGUUUAACCAGCAUGAAAAUGAUGACAGGUUCCUUUUAAAAACUAUGAACUCUUUUUUAUUGUCUAAAUCAAUAGGGUGCUACUCAGAGAAAGGUAAGAUAAGUCUCUCAGACAGACUUUCUGCUCUCUAAGUGCUACAGCAGGGCAGGGAAAGGCUGGGUUCACAUCACGUUUUCAGCCAUACGGGACCGCAUACGGCUGGGGGGAGCUAAAACCUUGCGCUCCCAUAUCCCUGCCGUAUGCCGCCCGUAUAUAAUU